GCAGACAUGCUCAGGUUUCUUCUGUUGACCUCUCUCGCAGCCCUGGUGCUGGCUGAGCUGGAGCCCCAGCCCAGGUACCUGGAGGACAGUGUUGAGGAGAGGGUUGUCGGAGGUGAGGUGGCCAGACCCAACUCCUGGCCCUGGCAGAUUUCUCUCCAGUACAAAUCUGGCAGCUCUUUCUACCACACUUGUGGAGGAACCCUGAUCAGGAGAGGAUGGGUCAUGACCGCUGCUCACUGUGUGGACAGGUCCAGGACUUGGCGUGUUGUUCUUGGUGAUCACAACAUCAACAGCCAUGAGGGCAGGGAGCAGUACAUGAGUGUCAGCCGUGUCUACAUCCACCCCAACUGGAACUCCAACAAUGUUGCUGGAGGGUGGGACAUUGCUCUUCUGCGUCUGUCUUCUGAGGCCUCUCUCAACAACUACGUCCAGCUGGCCUCUCUGCCUCCCUCUGGCCAGGUCCUGCCCCACAACAACCGCUGCUACAUCACUGGCUGGGGACGCACCGCCACUGGUGGCAACCUGUCUGCCCAGCUGAAGCAGGCCUACCUGCCCGUUGUUGACCACAAGACCUGCUCCAGCUAUGGCUGGUGGGGCAGCACUGUCAAGAACUCCAUGGUCUGCGCUGGAGGUGGCAGCGACUCUGGAUGCCAGGGUGACUCUGGUGGCCCUCUGAACUGCAGCGUCAACGGCAAGUGGGUCGUCCAUGGUGUGACCAGCUUUGUAUCGUCCUCUGGCUGCAAUGCCUACAGGAAGCCCACCGUCUUCACCAGGGCCUCUGCCUACAUCAGCUGGAUGAACGGAGUCAGUAUCAAACACUAA